AUGCCAUUAGUUUAUCGUAUUAUCCAAUGUCGCAUUCUUUAUCCUUUUGUCGAACGAUGGCGUUCAAUCGAUUGUCGUCAAUCUCUGACGACAAUGUGCCUUUUUCUUCUUCUCUCAUUUUUUAGUUCCAUUAUUCUUCAUAUUCUAAUACGUUUUUUAUUUAUUAAAACUUCUCCAUCAUCAAUAUCAUCAUCAUCAUCAUCAUCACUUAGUUUACUUACGCCCAGGAAUAUUUUCUUUCCACCUGAUUUAACAUCUUUACAAUGUUCUUCACAACAAAAUCAUGAAUUACAAAAACAUUUUUCACAAGAAAAAUCUUUAAAUACAAAACGAAAAUAUAUGAAAGAUCAAUCAGAACAAGAAAAUAUUUCCAGUGACCUUCGACAAGAAGCCGAAACUGCACUUCAUUUAGCACUUCGUUUAAUAGCUGAAAAUAAAUUUGAAAAAGCCCGUAAAGUUUUUGAACAUGCUCUAACACUUGAUCCAUAUAAUUCGGAAAUUCUUGUUGAAUAUGGACAAUUUAUUGAAUAUCAUCAUAAUGAUUUAAUACGUGCUGAAAAUUUAUAUACACGUGCACUUGUUAAACAACCAACAAAUCCUCGUGCAUUAGAAUUAAAGAAACGUACAUUACCAUUAGUUGAAGAAAUUGAUCAAAAACAUUUUACUUUUAUUGAUAAUCUUCUUAAAGAGCUCUAUAGAAUACCUGAUACAAAUCCUUAUUUACGACGAGCUAAACGUGAUGCUUAUUAUUUACAUAUUUAUCAUUCAAAUGCUAUUGAAGGUAAUACAUUAAAUCUUCGUGAAACACGACAUAUUGUUGAAACACGUAUGGCUAUUGGAGGAAAAUCUCUUAUUGAACAACAAGAAGUACUUGGUCUUGAUUUAGCUUUACAAUAUGUUAAUUGUACAUUAGUUAAUCGUCUUGGUUCAAUAACAAGUGAAGAUAUAUUUGAAAUACAUCGUCGAGUUUUAGGUUUUGUUGAUCCAAUUGAAGCUGGUCAUUUACGUCAACAUCAAGUUUAUGUUGGAUCAUUUGUUCCACCUGCAGCUGAUGAAGUACCAAGUUAUCUUGAUGAUUUUCUUUUUUGGCUUAAUUCAUUAGAAGAUACUCGAGAUCUUCAUGCCAUUGAAUUAGCUGCUAUAGCACAUUAUAAAUUUGUUUAUAUUCAUCCAUUUAUUGAUGGUAAUGGUCGAACAGGACGUUUAUUAAUGAACUUAAUUUUAAUGAGAUCUGGCUUUCCACCAGUAAUUAUUAAAAAAUCUGAUCGUUUAGCUUAUUAUUCAUAUUUAGAUCAAGCUAAUGAUGGUGAUGUUCGACCAUUAAUACGUUUUAUUGCUAAAUGUACUGAAAGAACGUUAACUGAAUUUAUUCAUCAAUCACAACCAACAAGAAGUACAGGACAAGAAUUAAGUUUAGCUGAUGAUGAUGAUGAUGGUGGAGAUGAAAAUAAUGAUGGAAUAAAUUUAAUUGAAGAACGAAUUAUUGUUGUGUAG